UUACACGACAGGAAAGGUAGCUUCUGGUUACAAACUUUGGACCAAUCAGGGCGCUGCUUCGCUUUCCUGCAGCGGGAUCAACCUGGACUUUUUCACGAAGAAUUUAUCUGCUCUAAAUUCAAACUGACAAUGCCUUUUCACUUCCGCUGACAUAUCUGAUAGCCAACUAAUUGUCACUGAAGGAAACAUUUCCGAGUGAUGACAAUGUUGGGCAUGUAUGUGCCAGACAGAUUUUCUCUGAAGUCGUCAAAGGUCCAGGAUGGAAUCGGUCUGUACACGGCGAGGCGAGUCAAAAAGGGAGAAAAGUUUGGCCCCUUUGCUGGUGAGAAAAAGCUGCCCAGUGAGUUGGAUGAUAGCUCGGACACCAGGCUGAUGUGGGAGGUCCGUGGCAGUAAAGGAGAUGUUCUGUAUAUUCUGGAUGCGAGUAAUCCUCGCUAUGCCAACUGGCUGCGGUUUGUCCAUCAGGCGCCUUCGCAGGAGCAGAAGAACUUGGCAGCCAUUCAGGAUGGAGAGAACAUCUUCUAUCUGGCUGUGGAUGACAUAGAGACAGACACAGAGCUCCUGAUAGGCUACCUGGACAGUGAUAUGGAAGAGGAGGAAGAAGAAGAGGAAGAAGAUGUUAAAGAUGAAGAUGAGAACAGUAAAGAGGCCAAGCACCUCGUAGAAAUGGAACUACUAAUAAAGAAGGAGGACCACCCCUGCUUGCUGUGUGAGAGCAGUUUUCCAAGUGAGGAGAUCCUGGCUGCCCACCUCCAGAGUCUGCACCAGAGGCCCAGCACAGAGGAGAAGGAGUUCAAGUGCAGGAACUGUGGCAAAAAGUUUCCCAUCAAACAGGCUCUGCAGCGCCAUGUUUUGCAUUGUUCUGAGUUACUGGACCCAUCAGGUGACUCCAAAGCCCAUCAGUGUUUCCUGUGCCACAACACAUUCGGCUCAGAAUCCAGUUUUGAACAACAUAAGGAAGCCUGUAAAGGAGAUGCCAGGUUUAUAUGUAAAGCCGAGAGCUGCGGCAAAAGAUUUAAGAGCAAAGACGCUCUGAAGAAGCACAAAGGAAAUGUUCACACAGGGAGUGCACGACGGAAACUCACAUGCACCAUAUGCAACAGAAAGUGCUCCUCUUCCCUGAAUCUACAAGAACACAGGAAGAUACAUGAAAUAUUUGAGUGCCACGCAUGUGACAAAAAGUUCAUCUCUACUAAUCAGCUGAAACGCCACAUGAUCACACACUCGGAGAAGCGACCGUACACCUGUGAGAUCUGCAGUCGAUCGUUCAAGCGUUUGGACCAGGUGACGGCUCACAAGAUCAUCCACAGUGAGGACAAACCGUACAAAUGUAAGCUGUGUGGGAAGGAGUUUGCACACCGCAAUGUCUACAAGAAUCACAAGAAGACGCACUCUGAGGAAAGGCCUUUCCAGUGUGAGGAGUGCAAAGCGCUGUUCCGCACCCCUUUCUCUCUACAGCGUCAUCUUCUCAUCCACAAUAGUGAGCGAACAUUCAAGUGUGACCAGUGUGACGCCACCUUCAAGAGGAAGGACACGCUCAACGUCCACAUCCAGGUGGUGCACGAUGGCCACAAGAAGUACAAGUGCGACCUGUGUGAGAAGGCUUUUGUCACUCCUUCUGUCCUCAAGAGCCACAAGAAGACACACACGGGGGAGAAGGAGAAGAUCUGCCCAUACUGCGGGCAAAAGUUCGCCAGCAACGGCACGCUAAGGGUCCACAUCCGCAGCCAUACAGGUGAACGCCCAUAUCAGUGCCCCUACUGUGACAAAGCAUUUAGCAAGAACGACGGCCUGAAGAUGCACAUCCGCACACACACUCGUGAGAAGCCGUAUAAAUGCAGCGAGUGCAACAAGGCCUUCAGCCAGAAACGAGGACUGGAUGAGCACAUGAGGACACACACGGGAGAGAAGCCUUUUCAAUGUGAUGUUUGUGACCUUUCGUUCAGCUUGAAGAAGAUGCUCAGUAGACAUAAGCUGACACACAACCCCAACCGACCGAUGGCGGAGUGCCAACUGUGCCACAAGAAGUUCACCAGGAACGACUACCUCAAAGUACAUAUGGAGAAUGUCCACGGGGAAACGGAAAGCUAGAGCCAAUUAAGGAAACACUGGCUGAAAACGAGAUCUUAUCCUUCAGAUAAACUUCAGUCUUGGGCUCCGAGCUGAUACAAAGAUAGAAAGAUAGCAGAAAUGUUGCUAUUAACGAUACAUGCAUGUAGGAUAUGGAAAACAUUAAGGCGAUUAUUUCAAAAUUGAAACACUGACUGUACAUUUGUAGUUUUUUUUUUUUUUUUGUGUGGUCAUACUGUUUCCAUAUUGUUUUUGGAUAUCUGAACAAACAGAAUCCCAGAUAUGUUUGAUCCGCCUCCGGAGUCACCGUGUCUGCUCCGGUCUUUCUGAACUCUAACCGGUGUUACUGUACAUGCUGCCACAACAUGACCCAUUCCACUGUUGCCUGAAUACCUUACUGUAUAGUUGUGGCCAGUUGCCAAAUGAUGAAAAAAAACCUGCGACCAAAAAACCUUUCUGUGCACUUUAGUUUUAACAGCACACUUUCUACGUGUUCUCCAUGUUUUCCUAUUGCAUAUGAAACCAUUUUGUUUGAGAGGCCAAAUAGAGCAUCAGUCUCCAAGGAUGAAAAAUAAAGCCAGUGAAGUGACAAAAACUGCACUUCUCAGCUAAAGUUCUCAGCUGCAUGGAGCCAUAAACUGGAUUCUGACCAUAUUUGUGGUGUUGGUGCCAUUUUGAGCAUUUUAAUGCAAUUAUCUGACAAAUUACAUGGCCUGUCCUGUGGUAGAGAAGACUGUGUUUUGGUUUUGGUGAGUACAAUUCUGGUAUUUUAUUCAGCAAUAAUUGCCAGGUAUCUGUGCCUACGCAUUGGAGGCAUAAUCUAUGGAUGCAGAUGUUAACUGUUAACUCAGCACUCCAGCCUCUCAGCCAAAGGUGGUGGAGUUGGCUCCAAAAAUAACAAAAUGCAAUGGCCGUAAUGAUGAGCUGCAGGCUUUAAAAUAGGACAAUGAGUGGCGUCAAGAUGUCCACAUCAAUUGUUUAUAUACUGUCUGAGGUCCAAACAAGUUUAAAUGUACUGUACUGUUUUAGAAGCAUGCUGCUCAUGUAUUCCAACAGCACUGUGAGUUGCAAAGUAGAGCUCUGGAAAAUGCUCAUAAAUAGUUUUUAAAUGAUAGCUGAAGAGUAUAAACAUGCUGUUGUUGCAUCUUUCUCUAGAUCUGUUCUUUGUUUUUGGAUCGAUUUGUUGGGUAUGACCUCCAUCUUUAUCUUAAGGAACGGGCCUUUCCCACACCUCUUUGUAUGGAAACCAGUGGUGCUUAAAUCCCGUUGCCUGUUUUUCAUGUCACAGAUUUGUGGACAGAUGUUUCCCAAAUCUGGAUCCAAAGUAAUAUGCAAAGUACUGUUUCUGUUGACUCUUGUAAGGAAUUGUUGAGUAUGGUUUCAUAUAAAUGUCCCAACAGUGUUGUGCCUUACAGUAUCUGUUUACAUUGUUCCUUGUUAAUCAUUCUUUGAACCAGAACUUCAUUUAUUUCCAAUA